AUGGCUCAAAGCACGGACUACGCUAUCGAGCACAGAGAGCGCUUCAUCGUUAAUCUGAUGCGACAAGAAUUCGGACGUCAGGUGAUAGGCACUAGCAGGCUUGGCCGGGACUCGAACAACUUCGUCCACCUUGUCGAGCUCGCCGAAUCAGUCUACCAGCCCGCAACGUCGUCGCCGACAGUGUUCAAGCCAGAAACAUCCAGUCUGCUGGCAGGUACUACCAAGGUGGUCAUUCGAAUAUCAAAUCCCCAGGCAAUGCUAAACGAGGAUGUCCGAGUACAGAACGAGGUAGCUGCAAUGUGCCUGAUGAGACAAGCCCUCUCCACCUACAAAGACAGACUGAUUCCCAACACGUAUGCCUGGCGUUCAUCAAAAGAGAGCUACGGAUGGAUCCUUCAGGAGUAUAUGACAGGCGUCCAACCCGACAAAGUAUUUCACGGCUUAGACAGAGAUCAUAAGCAGGAUAUCCUUCAUCAGAUCGCCGACGUAUUCAAGCUGAUCCAGAGCUACUCUCUUCCAGAGUCAGUUAAAGGUUACGGAGGGCUUGCUUUCAACGAAUCUGGCGAAAUUGUCACGGGACCGACGACAAUCCCGUGUGGUGGACCAUUUUCUGAAUUUCACGAGAUGUACAUGCAGAUGCUACGCCGGCAGCUGAUCGAGUCUGACACUUCGGAGCGGAUCGCAGGAUGGCGCCGGAACGAUCUCAGGGACCGUUUGGAGCGUUUUGCAACAAAUGGGAUUGCAAAGCAAGUCAGGGAAAAUUCCAUCGCUCGUCAGACAUUGGUUCACGGUGAUUUUAGUCAGUCUAUGUCAAAAUUAUAUAAUGGGAAAUCCACCCAGGUUGACCAAGCAUUAGAUACAUUCAAUAUGUUAUUUGAUCCGACAUCGAAUCGUUUGACGGCGCUCCUUGAUUUUGAUUUAUCUCAUAUCGCUACACCAGCAGACGAGUAUUUCUAUUCAUUCCGAACCGUCGGCGCUUUGCUAGCUGGUCCUUUCGAAGAGGGCGAUGAAGGGCAACUUCGCCGGUGCCUCCUCGAUGGGUUCGAUGGGAAUGUUCCUGAUCAGAACGGUAGAGAAGUGAAUUUUGAGAUCGCUCAGAUGAUGGACAAGGAGUUUGUUCGCGCUGGUGUGCUCAGACCCGCGGAUAUUAAGGGUGCAGGAGAGCUUGCUGCAUUGAAAUGGUUUCUUGAAGACGUCUCGCCUCCAUAUUUCUUCAUGUCGCGUUGGCUGGCACACAUGGAACCUGAGAAAGUUGACGAAAUGAAGACAAGUAUCGAAGAAAAUCUUGGAAAGUACCUGGAAAGAUGGGGUUUCUGA